GGCGUUGCUUUGAUGCCGAUCUAAUACAUAUAUGGUAUCAACGACCUAUCUUCGGGCGCCGUUCCUAGCCUCCAAACCCUGAUAUCGCGAUGCCAUCCUCAGAGAGCACUGCUCGCGAGGGCGAUAGUCUCCUCGGCCCCGAAGAUCCCGUAAGCGAUGAAGAUUCCGUCCAUCCUUCUUCCUCGUCGCUUCGAGGUCCUAGCAAAUGGGCAAUUCCCCUUCCCGGGAGUCGCUCGAGCCUCCUUCUCCUCCGGAUUGCCGCGGCCAUGUUCUCCUUCGUGGUCCUAGGCAUGAUGGUAUCCACGCUAGGAGUCAUGGUCCCGCAAUUCGAGAGCUACUACGGCCUGACCGACUUCCACGUUUCCUUUGUCUUCCUCGUCUGGCCCGUCGGGUACUUGGUCGCCGCGUACCUCAACGACGUCAUCCACGUACGGUUCGGCCAGCGGGGCAUUGCUGCCAUCGGGCCCUUAUUCCACCUGAUCUUCACCGUUGCCGCGGCAUUUCGUCCGCCGUUCCCGGUGUUGCUCGUCGCAUUGGCGAUUGGGUCGCUUGGCACAGGGAUCCUCGACGGCUCCUUUUGCGCCUGGGCCGGGGGCAUGGAGAACGCGAAUAUCGUCCAAGGCUUUCUGCACGGCUCAUACUCCGCAGGCGCGGCUCUUGGACCGUUUCUCGCCGGUACCAUGCUGUCAGUCGGAAGCAUGCCGUGGUACGCAUGGUACUACGUUCUUCUGGGUGCCUCCGUCCUCGAGGCUAUGAUAUUGCUCUUCGCCUUUCGGUUCGAGGACUCAAGCAAGUAUCAGAAUGACCAUCAACAAGCUCUACUGCCCCAGACGCGAGGCGAGACUGGCACAAACACCAAGACCGCUUUCUUCAAAUAUAAUGUCACAUGGAUUUGCGCUGCUUAUUUUCUAGCCUACAUCGGCACCGAGAACGGGAUCUCCGGCUGGAUUGUAGUUUUUAUGCAGCGAGUCAACCACGCAUCCGAUUACUUGGCCAGCCUCUCGUCUUCCGGUUUCUGGAUAGGCCAAGCGGCUGGGCGCCUCCUGCUUGGGGUCGUCACCGAUAGGGUCGGCGUAAGGGUCGCGACGAUAGCCUACCUAGUAGCUGCUCUUAUAUUCGAACUCCUCUUUGCUGCAGUUCACAUCCCCGCUAUCUCAGCCGUUAUGAUAGCGUUAUUAGGGUUCUGUAUUGGUCCAUUAUUCCCAGCCGGUGUCGUUAUGAUGACUCGCCAUCUACCACGAGAGUUACACGUGGGAGCCAUCUCGUUUGUAGUGUUAAUCGGCCAGGUUGGAGGCGCAUUACUGCCUUUCGCUCUCGGUGCACUGGCCGAUACUCUCGGGAUCCAGGUCUUUCAAAUAGUAGUCUUCGCCCAAUUGGCCGUAACACUUCUGAUAUGGUUCACAUUUCCAAAGCUAUCACAGAACACGUCACGCAGGGAAAGAUUAGAAUAAGAGGUACCUUAGGAAAAUAGCAAACUGCGUCAACCAUUAACUACCCA